UAUCAUAAGAGCGUACAAUUAUGACUUCCAUUUUCACCUUCAAGCAUUUUUGCUUCUUCAUGGCACUCUUCUUCUUCACAGUUUGUUGCAAAUCAGAUCAAACUCCUGUAAGCCUUGUUGCGAAAGCCAUGACAUGUUUCGACAAUAGCGUGGUUUAUAGCAGUUGCCAAGAGUCAUACAGACUGAACGCAGAAGGGACGAUCAAUGUCCCUAAAGAGGCGACUGAUGACUACUGCGGUGGCCCAUGCCUUAGCGAGACAAAGUUCGUGCUUUCGUGUGUGGACGAAAUACUGUAUACUUUCAAGUUCUACAAUGGCGCGUCGGUUCAGGAUGUUAAAUAUACCCUCGAUGCAGGCUGUGGCGACACAAACAACAGAGGAGAUUUUGAUGUUGCUGAACAUUUGGGAGAUAGUGGUAGCCAUUAUUCACAUGGCGUUGCUGAUGGCUAUGCGGACUAUGAUGAUGCAAUUGCAAACAAGAUCAGUGCUCCCAUUAACUUGCUGAUAAUCUUCACUUUUGUUUUACUUCUGUGAAUUGUGAUGCAUACUGAACGAUAUUGAAUGAGAACUCCUUGAGUAUUGUUAAUAAUUUUUAGCAUGUAGUGUUUUGUGUGAAUCAUCAUCUAUCAUUUUGUUGUGUUAUCCAUUUCUUAAUUGAUGGAUUAAAGUUAAUAAAUCGGACUAACUAUUGUAUAGAGAUAUCAAUUAAUUUUGAA